CAGAAAUCGGUGUUCUCGGAUCUUGUCGGUAAAUUGUGUUGGUCGGUACUAAAAUAAAACUCUGUUAGUUGAAGUCGCAGUUUGUUCUCGUUGCUGCCCACGUUAAACAUGUCGUCUCUGGAAGUUCUUGCUGUGCCUCCAGCCGCAGAAAACCCAGUGAAGAUGGGUAAAACCACGGCAGCAGGCCAGAGGAGAGCUGCUCUUGGAGAGAUUACCAACUUUCCUGGAGCAGCAGUCAACACAAAGAGAACAGCACGAGCCAAAGCACCAGCCAAACCAUCCUGUGCCCAAAAAGCUAAACCCACCGCGGUCCAGGUUGUGCAUCCAGUAGACCAGGUCCAAGCACCCGCAGUUCCUCUCCCUCCAGCCUCAGAGGAGUCGGCCGACGUGUCCAUGAAGGAGGAGGAAGAGGAGCAGCUGUGCCAGGCUUUCUCUGAGGCGCUGCUCACUGUGCAGGACGUCGACGAGGAGGACGGAGACCUGCCGCAGCUCUGCUCACAAUAUGUCAAAGAUAUCUACAACUAUCUGCACGUCCUGGAGGUGCAGCAGGCGGUACGAGCAAACUACAUGCAGGGUUAUGAAAUCACCGAGCGCAUGCGAGCUCUUCUGAUCGACUGGCUGGUCCAGGUUCACUCCAGGUUCCAGCUGCUGCAGGAGACUCUCUACCUCACUGUCGCCGUCCUGGACCGUUUUCUCCAGGUCCAGCCGGUCUCUCGCAGAAAGCUGCAGCUUGUCGGUGUGACCGCCAUGCUGGUGGCCUGUAAAUAUGAGGAGAUGUACGCUCCGGAGGUCGGAGACUUUGCCUACAUCACAGACAACGCGUAUACCAAGUCUCAGAUUCUGGAGAUGGAGCAGGUGGUUUUGAAGAGCCUCAAUUUUCAGCUUGGACGUCCUCUUCCCUUACACUUCCUCAGGCGGGCCUCCAAGGUGGCCAGUUCUGACGUAGAGAGACACACGCUGGCCAAGUAUCUGAUGGAGCUGACCCUCAUCGACUACGACAUGGUGCACUAUCGGCCGUCUGAGAUCGCUGCUGCUUCGCUGUGUCUCUCCCAGCUGCUGCUCGACGGGCUGCCGUGGUCUGCUACACAGCAGCACUACUCGACUUACGACGAGGCGCACCUGAAGCCCAUCAUGCAGCACAUCGCCAAAAACGUUGUGAUGGUAAACGACGGGAAAACCAAGUUCCAGGCUGUGAAGAACAAGUACUCGAGCAGCAAGCUGAUGAAGAUCAGCCUCAUCCCUCAGCUGAAGUCGUCCACCGUCAAACACUUGGCGGCUGCUCUGCUCAACAAUCCCUGAGGCCGACUUCUACAUUUCAUCAGGACGCAUUGCUUGCACUUUAUUUUAGAUUGAUCACUGUGGAGAAACCUCACUAGUUUUAAUAAACUGUUUUUUAUAUUUUUUGAUCCAA